ACAACCUGAGACAUCCAAACUGCAUCCCAGCAGACAGGCCAAUUACUGAUCACAGAGAAAGAACUACACUCAAAUCAGAGGUGAUUCUCUCCAGAUAUAUGAAAAAAGAAGAGUCAGUUCAACAGGCAAUACUAGGCAGAGUAUAGCAGCGGUGACAUUAUUGUCUAGCAGCAGUGACAUUAAAAACUUGCCUAUUGCCUUAGAAAACUACAGCCCCCCUUCAAGGAUUUCCUGUUGCUCUGAUGUAGAGAUAACUAGUCUGGAUCCUUUCAACAACAGAUCUCAGUUUAUGUACCACCUUGCACAGCUGCUGGAAUUGAAAUGAUGGUUGAAAAAACAGCCUGAGGAGCAAGUUUCAAAGCUGCAGAUCAUCCAUCCAGUAUGCUUUUGAUGACUUCAGUCUGCUGUGUUUUGUACUGAGAAGAAAGGAUCAUGAGUCCAUAUUCCCUGCAACUAACUUUGAAUGGGGCACUGAUCCUGCAAGUUAUCUUGUCACAAUCUUUGGCUUUUUGGACUGGUGGAGAUCAGGGAUAUUUUGGAGAUGAUGAUAAUAUGCAUGGGUACCAAGUGCAAGAUGGAUAAUCACAGCAGGAGCACCUCCUAGAUUUAUCCAUUUAAUUCCUAUGUCUGCCCUAGAAGAGAUUAGUGGAUUCUUUUCACAUUUGCAGGAUGAGCAUUGUAUUCUCAAGCCUUUUAAGUAAGGUGUAUGUGGAUGAGAGAGCAUUCUAGCAGGGUAUGCCAUUAAGAGUGGCACCCUGCCACCAGGUAGAAAGAUCCAAAUUUUAAAAUGAAUUCUGUUUCAGUCAUAAUUUAUAUUUAUGCAGCAUCUUACAUCUUGGAGUAGCCCACAGCUCUUUCUAAACUUUAUAUAUGCAAGAAAUUAAAAAUAAAAAUCCAUACCCACAAAACAAAAAGUGAACAGAAAGUCUUGAGACCUGGUUCAAUGUGCUGAAGUGGCAGGGGAGAUCAUUUUAGAGUCAAGAACCCCCAAUGAAGACUUUGUCUUCUAUUGUCUCAGGACUGUAAUAAAGGAUGGCCAGCAACUCCAACCCCAAAUUUUGUGGUGACAUAUAAACUCAUAAAUAUUCCCUCAAGCACAGUUCCAUACUAUUAAAGCCUUUAAAUAUGAAUAGUAAGCCCUUGAUUUGAACCUCAUGGAUUUUUGGGAGCCAAUUUUGUUAAUGCAUUGGCACUACCACACUCACAGACAAAAGCCUUUAAGAAGUCAUUCUUCUGUGUUGUUUAAAAGCUACCACCUGUGAAUAGCACAUUUGAGUAGCAAGCAUAGAGACCAGGCAGGAAAGGCUCACAAUGGCAAGGUUCAUUUCAGGGGUGUUUGGGGAGACAAAGGUUACCACUUAUGAAUAGUUUAGAAAUGAAAAAAAAAAACCCAACAUUCUUGGCACUGCUGAAAUAUAUGCUUCCAUGUUCAAUUCACAGUUAAGAAUUACAACUGCAUCAUUGCAACAGUAGAGAAAACCUCAGCUUUAUAUCUUAUCCAAAAGACACCCCUUCUACUGUUCCCUGGCCCCAGACUAUCUCAUUGAGGAACAGUAUCAACUAUGUAAAAGCUGACCCCACGUUCUUCAACACUUGGGUUUCCUUAAGGCAUGUCUACACAGGGACACUUAGAAAAAUGAAUCCAAAAUUAACUAAAGUUGUGAAUUAAUCUUAAUUAAAUUAAACCAAAUUAAGGCCACUGAAUGGUGUAUCUAAACAGGGGUUUAGUGAGGUUAAUUAAUCCACUUUAAAUUCACAUGGUUACUUAAAUUGGAUUAACAGUGUGCCUAUGCAGACAAGCCUUUAGAGGCUUCCCAUCCAAGUACUAACCAGGCUUGCUUUUACUUAGGACAAAGACUUCUAUUAACUUGAGUGGGCUUUGGGUCAGGUCCUUAUAUUGCAAGAUCUGCUGAAAUCAGCAUGAGCUGGUAUUUCAGCAGGUUGUUGUGCUGGAAGCAGAAGUGACUUGUCAGUGGUGUGGUGGUUUAAAAAAAAAAGGAAUGGGUAAACUAAUCUAAACUAAACUCCAUUUUCCCCAAAUGAGCAAUGAGUAAACUCUGUUUACCUGCUUUUACCCACAAGGAUACUAUUGCUUGUCAAACCCACCCACGCACUGCUAUUCUGACCAUCACAGCAAAGAGAUUUCUGUAUGCAAAGAAGUAACAUGAUGGUACCAGAAAUGAAAGGAUGAAAACUCUUCCUAGUCAUCAUUGAGUGGGAGAUGGGUGGAAACAAGGUGAUGAGGAGCCCAGGUUUAAUUGCAGGAGGAAAUGGUGGGGUGGCAAAAUCUAAUUUAACAAAAGACAGAAAACUUAGCUGGCUUUUCUGCUAAUAAAGGAAUAUCUAUCGGACUAAGCAGAAAGCUGGGAACCAGGAACUCUUGAGUUUUAAUGCCACCUGUCUAAUUCACUUGCUGUAUGGGCUUGGCCACCUCUGUGGAAGAAUAGUAGUCAAUCAUUGCUAUUGCCCUGACCGCAGUGGUGUAAAUCAUUAUGGUGGGGGAAUGAGGACCAGCUCAGACAAUGCUGCCAAACCCACCAUUUGCAUGGCUCCCUGGUUUGUGCAUGGAGGUUAUAUUUCAGUGGAUCUUUUGGAGGAAGGAGGGUAUGCUGGUCAUUCUGAGUCUUCGAUUUUUAGACAUCAAAAUAUAGUUGACUGUGGAAGCUCCAGAGUAACACCUUCAAGGUGCAACAGCGCACAGCUUUGAAACUGACAAGUUGAAGCUUUGAUUUGUAUUCUUCUGACAGCCUGGGUCCUUCAGAUGCUCCUUUUAAAGUGCAGGUUCACUGAGGGGAUGUAACCUUAUUUAAAAUGGAAACCUGUGACGGAAGAUAGCAGUUGGAACUAAAGUAUUUGGUGAAUGUUUCUUUUUUAAUGGGUGAACUUUUAAAAACGAUAUGCUGGUUCGGAAGGUACGAGGAGUAAAUUGCAAAGUUUAUUUUCUCUACUCGAUCGAUGGAUUUUUUAAUCAUUCCUUGGAGUCAAUGAAGUUCAGAGAAGGCCUGUGAUGGAAAAAGCAGCGGAUCUGUGUGUUUGUAGUUCCCACAUUUUGGAUUAGUUUGCUGUCUUGCUGAACCGAUUCCGUUUUGACGGGCAGGGCGUGAAUGUGAUGGAUUUAUCUUCAGAAAUGAACAGACAUGGAAGGAAUCCAAUAAGUCACAAGCUAGAAGAUCAGAAGAAGAUUUACACUGACUGGGCUAACCACUACCUAGCAAAAUCUGGCCACAAGCGGCUGAUCAAGGAUUUGCAACAGGACAUUGCAGAUGGAGUUCUGCUAGCAGAAAUCAUCCAGAUCAUUGCCAAUGAAAAGGUUGAAGAUAUCAAUGGCUGUCCCAGGAGCCAAUCUCAAAUGAUUGAGAAUGUUGAUGUCUGCCUUAGCUUUCUGGCAGCCAGAGGAGUAAAUGUUCAAGGUCUUUCUGCUGAAGAAAUAAGGAAUGGAAAUUUGAAAGCCAUUUUAGGACUGUUUUUCAGUUUGUCUCGGUACAAACAGCAGCAGCACCAUCAGCAACAAUACUACCAGUCUUUGGUAGAGUUACAACAGCACGUCUCUCAUUCUUCCCCUCCCGCUGAAAUCAGCCAGUCCAAAACACAGCAAGAUAUGCAGUCCAGUCUGAGAGCCAGAUAUGCAACUCAGUCUAAUCACAGUGGAAUUGCAACCAGUCAAAAAAAGACUUCUAGGCUUCCAGGGCCCUCAAGGGUGCCAGCUGCAGGCAGCAGUACCAAGGUCCAGGGAGCUUCUAAUUUAAAUCGGAGAAGUCAGAGCUUUAACAGCAUUGACAAAAACAAGCCUCCACAAUAUGCAAAUGGCAAUGAAAAAGAUUCACCAAAAGGCCCUCACUCAUCUGCAGGCAUGAAUGGAAAUGUGCAGCAUCCCACCAGCACUGGGCAGCAGCCGGUCUCUGCCAUACCCUCUCCAAGUGCCAGCAAGCCUUGGCGCAGCAAAUCCAUGAAUGUCAAACACAGUGCCACCUCUACCAUGCUCUCCGUGAAGCAGCCUAGUCCCGCCACCUCCCCUACUCCAUCUUCAGACAGGCUCAAACCACCCCUUUCUGAAGGAGCGAAACCCCCUUCAUCUGGACAGAAAUCCAUGCUGGAAAAGUUCAAGCUGGUUAAUGCUAGGACUGCUUUAAGACCCCCCUUGUCAUCAAGUUCAGGACCCAAUGACAGUGGAAGAGAGGAUGACACCUUUUCGGAGUGUGGUGAAAUGGACGGCUUUAGCAGUGGGCUAAAUAGUGGUGGCUCCACCAGUAGCAGUCCUAAAGUGUCGCCUAAGCUAACCCCGCCAAAAGCUGGAAGCAAAAAUCUCAGCAAUAAAAAGUCUUUGCUACAGCCAAAGGACAAAGAGGAAAAGAACAGGGACAAAAAUAAAGUUUGCACUGAGAAAACAGUAAAGGAAGAGAAGGACCAGGUCACCGAAACAUCUACAAAGAAGAGCUCAAAAAUUGCAAGCUUGAUCCCAAAGGGGAGCAAGACUACAGCAGCCAAGAAGGAAAGUUUAAUACCCUCCUCUAGUGGGAUUCCAAAACCUGGAUCAAAGGUACCAACUGCAAAGCAGAGUGCUUCACCCAUGUGUGCAGGAAGUAAAGAGUCUGAAAAAUUCAGGACUACAAAGGGCAACCAGUCUCAAUCGACAACGAAAUCACAAGCUAAUGAGAAAACCUCCACUUCCUGUAGUCUUGCUUCUUCUGAAGGAAAAGAAUCUAGCCCAGCUCUGACCCCUGGUUCUUCUGCAGCUCUUUCUGUUUCAAUGGCUGCAAGCAGUGGACAAGUCACAGGAAAUGGCAUUGUCCAACUUCCUCAACAACAGCAAUAUAGUCACCCAAACACUGCCACAGUAGCUCCUUUCAUUUAUAGAACACACUCAGAAAACGACAGUACCUCUUUACCACCUGUUGACUCCUGCACCAGUCCUACUAAAAUGGAUUUAUCAUACAGUAAGACUGCCAAACAGUGCCUAGAGGAGAUAUCUGGGGAAGAUCCAGAAACGAGAAGAAUGAGAACAGUAAAGAAUAUAGCAGAUCUGCGACAGAAUUUGGAAGAAACUAUGUCCAGCCUUAGAGGGACCCAGAUAAGCCACAGCACAUUGGAGACAACGUUUGACAGCACUGUGACAACUGAAGUGAAUGGGAGAAGUAUACCAAGCUUGACAAGCCGAUCCACGCCAGUGACUUGGAGGCUUGGCCAGGCUAGUCCUCGCCUCCAGGCAGGAGAUGCCCCAUCCUUGGGUAGUGGUUACCCUCGCAGUAGUGCUGGUCGCUUCAUACAUACUGACCCCUCGCGAUUCAUGUAUACCACACCUCUUCGCCGAGCAGCUGUUUCUCGACUCGGGAAUAUGUCACAGAUUGACAUGAAUGAAAAAGGAAGCAGUGAUCUGGACAUGUCCUCAGAAGUUGAUGUUGGAGGUUACAUGAGUGAUGGGGACAUUCUUGGGAAAAGCCUCAGAACAGAUGACAUCAAUAGUGGGUACAUGACAGAUGGAGGACUCAACCUGUAUACAAGAAGUCUGAACCGAAUACCAGACCUAGCUGCCUCCCGAGACGUAAUCCAGAGAGGGGUGCAUGAUGUGACUGUAGAUGCUGACAGGUGGGGAACAGCAAAAGUUCAAAUUCAACAGAGAACAAGCCCCUUUUGGAAUCAACAAAAAGAGACAAGCUGGGAUGACAGCAGCUCAGUUAGUAGUGGCCUCAGUGACACUCUUGAUAACCUCAGCACGGAUGACCUGAACACCACCUCAUCUGUCAGCUCUUAUUCCAAUAUUACUGCUUCUUCAAGAAAAAAUGCUCACACUCAGCUGAAGACUGAUUCAGAGAAACGGUCCGUAACAGACAGUGAAAACUGGGGCAGCACUGAAGAACUGAAGAAGCCAGAGGAGGACUUUGACAGCAAUGUAGACGGCAGUGGGAAAUGGAAGGGCCUUCCCUCGGGGCUGUCUGAAGACUCAGAGAAGGGAGGUCAGAAAGCAUCUCUGUCUGUUUCACAGACUGGAUCCUGGAGGAGAGGCAUGACUGCACAAGUCGGAACGACCUCAUCCAGACACAAAGCUGGGACAAGUGCUCUCAAGACACCUGGAAAAACAGAUGAUGCGAAGGCUUCUGAAAAAGUGAAAACUCCCCUCAAAGGCACCUCUAUACAGCGCUCUCCAUCAGACGCAGGAAAAAGCAGUGGCGAUGAAGGAAAAAAGCCUCCCUCUGGCAUUGGACGAUCAACUGCUACUGGCUCCUUUGGAUUCAAGAAGGCUGGGGUGGGAUCGUCUACUAUAAUCACCACAAGUGGGGCAACCAUAACAAGUGGGUCGGCGACACUGGGGAAGAUGCCCAAAUCCGCAGCCAUUGGUGGCAAGUCAAAUGCAGGGAGGAAAACUAGCUUAGAUGGGUCACAGAAUCAGGACGAUGGUGUAUUACAUGUUAACUCGAAGACCACGCUGCAGUACCGGAGUUUGCCGCGCCCUUCAAAAUCGAGCACCAGCGGUAUUCCCGGAAGAGGUGGACACAGGUCCAGCACCAGCAGCAUCGACUCUAAUGUCAGCAGCAAGUCUGCGGGUGCUGCCACCACCAAACUGAGAGAGCCCACGAAGAUUGGCUCAGGGCGCUCCAGUCCUGUCACCAUCAAUCAGACAGACAAGGAAAAAGAGAAAGUGGCAGUGUCUGAUUCCGAGAGUGUUUCAUUGUCCAGUUCCCCCAAAUCCAGCCCAACCUCCGCCAGUGCCUGUGGGACACCAGGACUCAGGCAGCCAGGAUCCAAAUACCCAGACAUUGCCUCGCCCACAUUCCGAAGGUUGUUUGGUGCCAAGGCUGGUGGCAAAGCUGCCUCCGCACCCAAUACUGAAAGUGUGAAACCCACAUCAGCAAUGCCCAGCCCUAGUACCACAUUAGCACGGCAAGGCAGCCUAGAAUCUCCAUCUUCGGGUACAGGCAGCAUGGGCAGUGCAGGUGGUCUCGUGUGGGCUGCAAACCUGAGCAGCUCCUCAGCUGGCAGUAAGGACACACCAAGUUACCAGUCAAUGACUAGCCUGCACACGAGCUCUGAAUCUAUUGACCUCCCUCUCAGCCAUCAUAGCUCUCUCUCUGGAUUGACAACAGGCACUCAAGAGGUUCAGAGCCUGCUCAUGAGGACUGGAAGUGUCAGAUCUACACUGUCGGAAAGAAUGAGAAAGUCAAUCAGAAGAUAUGGAAGGAUCAUGCAGCUUGACAGAAAUACACUACCCAAAAAGGGACUAAGAUAUACCCCGUCAUCUCGGCAGACGAGCCAGGAAGAGGGCAAAGAGUGGCUGCGCUCCCAUUCCACUGGAGGUCUACAGGACACCGGCAGUCAGUCCCCUAUUGUUUCGCCUUCAGCUAUGUCUUCCUCUGCAACUGGGAAAUAUCACUUUUCCAACUUGGUGAGUCCAACCAACCUGUCCCAGUUUAACCUUCCUGGACCCAGUAUGAUGCGUUCAAACAGCAUCCCUGCACAAGACUCUUCUUUUGACCUGUAUGAUGACUCCCAGCUGUGUGGCAGUGCCACAUCCUUAGAAGAAAGACCACGAGCAAUCAGUCAUUCAGGCUCAUUCAGAGACAGCAUGGAAGAAGUACAUGGGUCCUCAUUAUCAUUGGUCUCCAGCACCUCCUCUCUCUAUUCUACAGCAGAAGAAAAGGCACAUUCGGAGCAAAUUCAUAAACUCCGAAGAGAACUGGUUGCAUCACAGGAAAAAGUUGCCACCCUCACAUCUCAGCUUUCAGCAAAUGCUCAUCUAGUAGCAGCUUUUGAAAAGAGCUUAGGAAAUAUGACUGGCCGACUGCAGAGCCUAACAAUGACAGCUGAACAAAAGGAAUCUGAGCUUAUAGAACUAAGAGAAACCAUUGAAAUGCUGAAAGCCCAGAAUUCUGCUGCACAGGCUGCUAUUCAGGGAGCUUUGAAUGGCCCUGAUCAUGCCCACAAAGAUUUGCGUAUAAGACGACAACAUUCCUCAGAAAGUGUUUCCAGCAUCAACAGUGCCACAAGCCAUUCAAGCAUUGGCAGCGGUAAUGAUGCUGACUCCAAGAAAAAGAAAAAGAAAAACUGGCUAAGAAGCUCAUUCAAACAGGCCUUUGGAAAGAAAAAGUCCACCAAGCCUCCUUCCUCACAUUCCGACAUAGAGGAACUCACCGAUUCAUCUCUUCCAUCAUCACCCAAAUUGCUCCACAACUCGGGGGACUGUGGCACAUUGUUAAUGAAACCAUCACAGUCAGCGUCUGCGAUAUGUGAGUGCACAGAGGCAGAGGCUGAAAUUAUUCUACAGCUAAAGAGUGAGCUGAGGGAAAAAGAGCUAAAGUUAACAGACAUUCGUCUCGAGGCCCUCAGCUCAGCACACCAUCUUGAUCAGAUUCGUGAAGCCAUGAACCGCAUGCAGAAUGAAAUUGAGAUUCUGAAAGCUGAAAAUGAUCGCUUAAAGGCAGAGACCGGAAAUACUGGAAAGCCAGCUCGACCAUCUUCUGAGUCUUCAAGCAGCACAUCCUCCUCUUCAUCACGGCAAUCAUUAGGACUUUCUCUGAACAACUUGAAUAUCACAGACUCUGUUACGUCAGAUAUUUUACUGGAUGAUGUCACAGAUGGAGCCCUCCCCAAAGAAGGCCACAGUGUUAAAAUUAUAGUCACCAUAAGUAAGGGCUAUGGUCGAUCCAAGGAUCAAAAGACGCAGGCAUAUUUGAUAGGAUCCAUUGGGGUUAGUGGGAAAACCAAAUGGGACGUUUUAGAUGGAGUAAUUAGACGUCUCUUUAAGGAAUAUAUCUUCCGAGUGGAUCCAGCUACUAGCCUGGGUUUAAGCUCCGAUUGUAUUGCUAGCUACUGUAUAGGGGAUUUAAUCAGAGCCCAUAGCCUGGAAGUGCCUGAACUGCUGCCUUGUGGAUAUCUGGUUGGAGAUAAUAACAUCAUCACCGUGAACCUGAAAGGAGUGGAAGAAAACAGUUUGGACAGUUUUGUGUUUGAUACACUAAUUCCUAAGCCAAUUACCCAACGGUACUUUAAUUUACUGAUGGAGCAUCACAGAAUCAUCCUGUCAGGACCCAGUGGCACUGGAAAGACCUAUUUAGCCAACAGAUUGGCUGAAUACAUAAUAACUAAAGUGGGCAGGAAAAAAACUGAGGAUGCAAUUGCUACUUUUAAUGUAGAUCACAAAUCAAGCAAGGAUCUGCGUCAAUACCUAGCUAACCUGGCUGAGCAGUGCAGUGCUGACAACAGUGGUGCUGAUCUCCCUGUAGUAAUAAUUCUUGAUAACCUCCACCAUAUUGGUUCUUUGAGUGAUAUCUUCAAUGGUUUCCUCAAUUGUAAAUAUAAUACAUGUCCCUAUAUUAUUGGAACAAUGAACCAAGGGGUUACUUCAUCACCAAAUCUAGAGCUGCAUCACAAUUUCAGGUGGGUGCUAUGUGCUAAUCACACAGAACCAGUAAAAGGUUUCCUGGGCAGGUAUCUCAGAAGGAAACUGAUUGAGACAGAAAUAGAAAGGAACAUGCGCAAUAAUGACCUCAUCAAGAUUAUUGACUGGAUCCCUAAGACAUGGCAUCAUCUCAACAGCUUUUUAGAAACACACAGCUCCUCAGAUGUGACCAUUGGUCCUCGCCUUUUCCUCCCCUGCCCCAUGGAUGUUGAUGGCUCCAGAGUGUGGUUCACAGACCUUUGGAACUAUUCUUUGGUGCCAUAUCUUCUGGAGGCCGUGAGAGAGGGACUUCAGAUGUAUGGUAAAAGAGCGCCAUGGGAGGAUCCCUCAAAGUGGGUAGCAGAUACUUACCCGUGGAGCUCUGCACCUGUGCAGCAUGAAUGGCCAGCAUUACUUCAGUUACGACCAGAAGAUGUUGGGUUUGAGGGUUACACAUCUGCACAAGAAGGAACAACCUCCAAGCACAUUCCACAAAGUGACACCGAAGGGGAUCCCUUGAUGAAUAUGCUAAUGAGGCUCCAAGAAGCAGCCAAUUACUCGAGUGCGCAAAGCUGUGACAGUGAUAGCACCAGCCACCAUGAUGAUAUUUUGGAUUCUUCUCUUGAAUCAACUCUCUAGAGGGGACGAACCUGGGUAGAGGAUUAUAGUAAAAUCUAUUGCCACUAACUACUGCCAGGAUUAAAGCAGCACACCGAGGUCCCUGAACAAGAGCAGUGUGUUGUAGGUAGGCAGGAGGCUUAACUCUGCAAAGUCAGGAAUUAAAAGCGAAGUGGAAAGCUUGAAUUUGUUUAAUUUCAAGGCAUUUCAAUAUCAAUGGAGCCAAGUAAGACUCCAUUAAUCAACUGGAAAGGGCCCUAAAGGGAGGGCAACUAAGCAGAUUGCACAUGUGUUAGCCAAACUGGAACUUUUUUUGUUUUUCCUCUUUCUCUCUCUUUCUCUCUCUCUCUCUCUCUUGCUUUUUAAAAGCUUACAGUACAAACGUUUUGUUUUUUCCUUUCCUUGUCUCUGAGGUGCUGCAUUAGCAGUGCAGUCCUCUGAUCCUCUUCUAACCUCUGUUGUGCCACAUGGUGCUGGUCACAGGACUACAGUAGUGUUUGUCGUGCACUACUGCCCAUUCCAAAAUGAAUCAAAGAUGAUGAUAGGAACUCAAUAAGCACAAACAGUAUUGUGCUAUCACCAGAAAACACUACUGGGAUAUGCUGGAUAAGUGCCAAUUUAAUUCUUAAUUGCCAUGGUCACAGUGACACUCUCCAUGAAGUUUUUAGUGUACAAGUCACCGAUUUUAUAAAGUUGUUUUUACCACAAAGGUCUUUUUUAACCACCUACCCACUCCUUUACAGUUUUAUACCAAUUAUUAAUCAACACUGACUAAAGGCUUUUUAGGGCUUCAUUUGUUUGAGCCUUUUCAGUGGAAGAAGGAACAUUUCCUAUGGUGCUGUUUCACUGCCUUAAAACAGAUUUCUAGAACAGUUUUACAGUUCGUUUAAUUCCUAAACCAUUGGUAAUUUACACUGUUUUGUUUUCAUUUACUACCGAAAUAACGUCAGUUAACACAGUAGCCUCAUAUCUGUAUAUCAUGAUUUUUUAAGAAAUGGAUAGGAGAAAGAACAGUUGCUAUAUAGUAUUUUUAUCUUGUGAAUAGAUUGCUCUGCCUACCCUCAUAAAUAUACAAGAAACCCAGAACCCACUUCCACUAUCACCUAAAAGCUGAGAAAGCUGACCCAGAUCCAUUCAGUCCUGUGGAAUGGAGUUUUUGAAGGAUGUUUCGAAUUCUUAUCCAGCAGAGCUGGAUGCACUUGAUGCAGCAUGAGCACAAAUAUUUGUUUAUUUUUUUUCUUUUUCUAGUUUUAAGCAUGUUGUUUUGAUUGAUAUUGUUGUACAUGAAAAAAAAUAGCAUUAAAGAACACUGAAGCAGUGAUGUCCACUGUGGAAGAGGAAGAGUUUAUACUGUAAAAGUGGGUUGGUUUUGCACAGUCUACUGGGUGGGUAUUGUAAAUAUAAAAAGCCUUGCACAAAUCAAAGCAAACAAACAAGAAAUUGUAUUUUAUCCUGUUGGUGUUGAGAUGUUACACUUACUGAGAUUUCCUCAAUGUUGCAAACAAAUACAGAAUGCAAACCUUAAAAGCUGUUUUUAACCUCGUGUGUUUGUCCUGUAUUUACAGUUGUUAUGACUAUGCAGGAGCUAUCAGUUCUAGAGUGAGCAUGUUUCAAUUUGUAUAUUGAGCCAAUCCAUUUUUGGGGGCAAAAAAUGAAAUUUUAAGUGCAUCUGUCAUGGCAGGCUACAAACAGAUUGCAUUAAAAAAGUGAUCAGAAUAAUUGGAAAUGCUAUCGCCACAAGAGACAACUGGAUAAAAUAAUUUAAAAAAAAGAAUCCAAGGGCUAUGGCAUUGUGUAUAUGUACUGUACACGGAAAUGGAUGUUACCUUCAGGAUGUGUAAUUGGUGCUACUAACUCUUUGUGGCCACCCUGUGGUCAUUUGCUGUAAAACAAAGACAAAGAAACCAGUGCAGUUUUCAAUGGUACUGAGCUGCCUCGGUGAAUCUAGCGGUCCCUACACGGUGCUAUUGCCCUAAGACAAACUCUAAUUGAUUUUCUGCAUGUAGAAUGUAGUCAGACUGAUGUGGAGCCCCAAAACUUAGAUCAGUUUCUAUUGUAAAACAUCAACACUCGUAUCUGACAGCUGACUAAAAACCCAGCUGCUCUUUGUUAUAUGUGUGUUCUGAACAAAUUUGCAAAUCUUUUCCUGCCAUUUUAGACACAAACACACACAAUAUCACCAUAUACAAAACUUCCUGCAAUACAUCUCAGUGAGUCCACCUAGUUUACAACUUAAAAAUUGUUUGUGAAACAUUUGUCUGUAUACAUUUUAUAUUUUGUACAUUUUCGAUGUAACAUAUCAUGUAAAUAGACAGAAACAGUGAAAUAAAUCAUCUGAAAAGUUUUGUAGUCUUUGUAAAGCCCUAAUAAUAAGUAUUUGGUGUCAACGGACUUAACUGGAUGAUGUAUUUUUAUUGGUUUAUUGUUCCUCUAGCUUGUAAACCAGCUUGCAUAUAUUUUUUUGCAGGUGUGCACACUGUAUCUGUCUAAAUUAUUACUUUGACAUUAAAGUGGAAUUAUUUAUUGAAA